GCGCUCUUUGCUCUUUCCCGAUCAAAGAUGGCCGACCAUGCUGGCCGAGAGGAACCUGCUAUUUAUUUGCACACCUUUUACCACUUGGUGCAAAAAGCGGUGUCGUUAAUGACUGUUACGGUCACCGAUUCCAGCCUAAUCAACGCCAUCUUGACAAGAAGGGAUACCGAGAACCAGUACCUCACCUACCUAACCGCACUGUUCACGUACCAGCCAAUACUGUGCGUGGUGGCCAUCGCCCAGUCGGUGUUCAUGAUCGGCUCCUUCGUGGGCGGCCUCUUCUUCGUGCUCGCCCGCAUGGUGGGGGCGUUCGGGGGCCGCAAGGUGCAGAACAUCACCACAAAGUACAUGCACGUGCUGCACUUCUACACCGUCCUCAUGGCGAUCCUGGUUGCCUUAAACACGGUCGCCAUAUUCUGUCUGUGGGGCAGCACCAACCACUUCGCCAUCGCCGUGGAAAAGGGUGAAAAGCUCCUGGGGCCAGGCGUGCUCGACGUGCAGCGCUACGUCGUCGGCACCAUCAAGGAUUUGAGAUCCACGCUUGCCGACCUAAAGUCUACCAGGGGAGACAUGUUCAGCCUCAUCACCUCAGGAAACCAAGAUUACCGGGCGAACAUCAAGUAUCACUCAGAGCGCGUGCUGACCGACUGCGGCCUUCCAACGCCCUCUGUGCUCGCUUCGCUCAAGGAAUGUACGUGAAAGGGACGAGUUCGAGAUUGUAUCGUUCUGUGUUGAUUAAAACC